CUUAUUUUGUGUGUUUCUGUUUUAUAGAAAUAACAAACACUUACUCCCCUAUGAAGCAACAAACAUACAACACUGAAGUAUUCAUGCUACCUUAUAAGGGCGGACGGCAGCGUGUAUAUACCACUGAGCAACGCAAAGAUCGUAAUCGCUUGGCCCAAGCCGCAUUUCGAGAAAGGCGAUCUCAGUACACCAAAACAUUGGAGGAGACCGUGCUUCGAUUUGACAGCCUACUGGAAGAAAUGCAGCGCAAUAACGCAUGCUUAACGGAGAAGGCGGCGCAACUACAGAAUACAUGUAUACAACUUUCAGAAAAACAACAAGGAAUACAGGAAAUGGUGCAGUCCUUGGCACUGGAAAAUCAGCAACUUCGACAGCAGUUGGCCACCUUGCAGUCACUGCUACUAUCAUCAUGCCCUGAUUCGAGAUAUGAAAGCUCGACAGCUGAAUCUGUGAGUCGAAGCGUUGGGCCGGUGCUUUUGGACGAUGAUUGGCAACUCGAUCCGCACUUGGGUUUACCGCUCUCGACAGCAACAUCGGGCACCAUGUUAUUACUAGGCGAGUAUAUUUACAAAUAUAAUAUUCACAUCGAGCUAUGAUCCUAGAGGAUCCCUUUUCAUUUUCUUUAGAUGAUUUACCGUCAAGCUGUGGAACCAACACUUAUUCCCUGGCACCAAAUCUAGGCAAGUUGACUUUUCUUGUUGUGUUUCUGUGAAUGAACGAUUAUUGCAUCGUUUGAUAUGCCUUGAGAUCCUAGUAAGUUUUUGUUUUUUAUUUCAUUCUGUAGUGUGACACCUUGAGGACACGGAGGUCGUUGUAGCAUAAACUAGCGGGAAUAUCAUUUUUGGUUUUUUUUUUCUCUCAAAUAUACAGUAAACUAUUGACUUGAUGAUUUUCUACUGGAUAAAAAUUAAAUUGAUGUGAAAAGAG